AUGGUCCAUACAAUCAACUGCAUCGUCGCGGUGUCCCAGAACAUGGGCAUUGGGAGGCAUGGAGACCUGACCUGGCCCAUGCUCAGGAAUGAGUUCAAGUACUUCCAAAAAAUGACCACAAUUCCUUCAGUAGAAGGCAAACAGAAUCUUGUGAUAAUGGGGAGGAAGACCUGGUUCUCCAUUCCCGAGAAGAAUCGACCGCUGAAAGACAGAAUUAAUAUAGUUCUUAGCAGAGAACUGAAGGAACCUCCUCAUGGAGCUCAUUAUCUGGCCAGCAGUCUGGAUGAUGCAUUAAACCUUCUCAAACUUCCAGAACUAGCAGAUAAGGUGGACAUGGUUUGGAUAGUUGGAGGCAGCUCUGUUUAUCAGGAAGCAAUGAAGAAACCUGGUCAUCAAUGCCUGUUUAUAACAAGAGUUUUGCAAGAAUUUGAGUGUGACACAUUUUUCCCAGAAAUUGAUCUACAGAAAUAUAAACUUCUCCAAAAUUAUCCAGGUGUUCAUACUGAUGUCCAAGAAGAAAAAGGCAUUCAGUAUAAAUUUGAAGUAUAUGAAAAACAUGAUUAAUAUGAAAGGUUU